AUGACAGUCUCACAGACCAACGGAACGAAUGGGGAGGCAUCUAACCCAUUCGUGAUCACCCAUAGCGACCGAGUCGCUCUGGUUGAGUUCUCUAAGGGACACCGACAGAACCCAUUCAGUCAGCCUAAGAUGCGGGCCCUAGAAUCAAUCAUUAAUCAGCUUGACGUCGAUAAGAGCGUGGGGUGCAUUGUUCUGACGGGCGGGCAAGGCCGGUCAUUCAGUGCUGGUGGGGACUUCAAUGAAACUACCACCUUCAACGGCGGCGACGAGGUCGACCUUUGGAUUGACGAUGUUACCAAUCUUUACACUACCAUCGCUGGUAUCUCCAAGCCUGUGAUCGCCGCCAUUGAUGGUUAUGCAAUCGGCCUAGGUCUACAGGUAGCGCUCUGCUGUGAUUAUCGGAUUGGAUCUGAGUCGUGCCAACUGGUGAUGCCUGAAUUUCGCAUGGGCAUCGCUUGCAACUUUGGUGGGUUCAUGCUCGAAACUGCUGUUGGACGAGCCGUGAUGCAGAAAAUGCUUUUCACAGCUGAUAAAUGGAGUGCAAACUCUGCGCUGGCCGAUGGCCUAUUACAUGAAGUUGUUUCUUCUAAGACGCUGAUUGCCCGUGCUCUGGAAAGAGCGCAGAUCAUCGGCUCCUGGACGACGGAAGCUAUUCAACAAACCCGUCCGCAUAUCAACGCCAAUUUCGUCAGCGGCCUACAUACAUUGGCCGCUCAGGCUAAGCGCUCCCACCGCUCGACAUUCGCUGCCGGUGACUGCAAGGAGAAUAUGAAGCAUAUUCUCACCAAGAAUCAACAACAGCAGCAGCCAGUAACAGGCGCUCCAUCUUGGAUUCUUAUCACCAGUGAGCCUGUGCUAUCGCUCUCAAAGACCCUGAAGACCACAAACGGCUCAGGCAUUCAUGUAUACGGUCAGGGUGCCGCUCUAAAUGCUGCAACAUACUUCUGGCAAGACGAAAGCUCCAGUGCCCAUGAAUUCUCCGAGUGGGCGACCUCUUUCCAGAUCCAAGGCGACGAAUUCCGCAUGCGCACAGGUGCCAUGAAUGAUCCCCCUCUCUAUAUUGUGCGAAACACUACCACACGUGCCUGGGCCGUGAGCACCGAUGCUUUUGCUCUGCAAAUCGCUCGUGCCGCUUGGAAAAUGCCCGUUGGCUUUGCCAAUCCCACCAUCAUCAACCGCGACGAGACGACUAGCUUCUUGGGUGUGUCACAGCUACCUGCCCACGCUUCUUUCUCACUGAAAAACGCUGGAAAAGGUGGCUGGACCUUUAGCACACAGGUUGAUGCUGAUCCAGUUGUGCUUGCCGCCCUUAAUCCGAAAAUUGACGAUUAUGCCCAGGCUGGGUCUGCCUUCAUCACAUCCUUGCAGAGUGCUGUGACAGAGCUUACUCAAGGCGAAACUGAGGUAGCUACUCUUUUAUCAGGUGGUAUUGACUCCGGGGCUGUUACCACAUUUGCUGUGCUUUCAGGUCUCAAGGUCACCGCUUACAGCGCAGGCUCACCUUGGGGCAACGAGCAUGCCGAGGCAGCCGAGCUAGCCAAUGCCCUCGGAAUCCCACACGUUACAAUUGACCUCACCGUGGACCAGCUACUGGCUGCUGCGCCAGAGAGUAUGAGAGCUCUCGGAACGGCUGAGCAGGAGCGCGUGGAUAUCGCUCUCACCAUCACUGCGCUCCUCCGUGGCGGAUACAUCAAGGAGCGCCAUGUGCUGACUGGCUACGGCAAUGAUCUCCUCAAUCUCGGCCUGCCGCCCGACUCACUUGAAAAAGACGCUCUGAUUCAGGAGGUGAUCGAUGGCAUCGACAUUACCCGACACAGCGGCGAAUUCACUGACUUUGUCGCCCGACUCUGGGGUAAGAAGCUGAGCCAUCCAUACUGGCACCCAGAAGUUGUGCGCACCGCUCUGGACAUUGAACCUUCACUCAAGAUCCGCGAUGGUCGGGAGAAGGCCUACUUCCGCGCCGCAAUGGAGCCAUAUGUCCCACAGACAACAGCCUGGCGCCAGAAGAUUGGCAUCCACCUCGGUGGUGGACUACAGGGAGGCUUGGACUCCACUUUUGGUGGUCGCGAUCGCAAGGUCGCCGCUUACAGCGAUGCGUUCAAGGAUAUCACCGCUCGUUUACUACAAGACCCUUUCGCUAGUGUCGACGACUUGAUCCCAAAGUAUCCUGGUGCGCCCAAGCCGACAACUGGACUCGCGGUGUCAACCGGCACCCUUACACCAUCCGGUGCUGGUCUGGUAUUGGACGGUACUGGCGCAACCGACGACGCAUCACGCGCUGUGCUGGUCAAGACGAUUCUGGAAAACUCUGCCGCGUCUCGUUUCGUGCUCGUCCGCAAUUUGGACCUAUCCGAAGACGGGUUCCGCUCGAUUGUGCGCGCGCUAGGUGAGCCUGUGCAACAUAAGUUCCAGACCGGCGGUUCGGAUCUAAUGAAGCUACCUGCGACACGGGAGAAGGGUAAUGUCGUUCUAGGCCGCGGCAUGCUGCCAGCGCAUACGGACGGGCUGUUUGUUGGCCACCGUCCCGAUCUUUUGAUGCUGUAUGCGAGUGAGUUCAAUGACCUGCCCGGCAGUGGCGAGACCACAGUUGUGGACCAGGUUGCGGCUAUGGCGGAGAUGCCUGAGCUACUGCGCUCGGCUGUGGAGAAUGCCACGUUUGAGUACCAGAUUGUCGAGACCGGUCACCACAUGAAGAGUUUGGAGGACAAGUGGUUUGACAAGCAGGCUGUGACACUGGAGCGAGGCCGGAAUUGCCUUGCCGUGUCGUUGCCAUUCCCUGAGAAUACGGAGCGCAGCUGGAACAUCCGAGUGAAAGGCGCCACUGAGGAAGAGUCUGUGGCACUUUUGGAUGAAUUGUAUUCCUGGCUCUAUCAGGAGCGCUAUCUGUACCAGCACCCAUGGAAGGUGGGUGAUCUGCUCAUCAUUGACAACUAUGGCACAUUGCAUGGUCGAACUGCAAUCAGCGAGGGUGGUGUCCGUUGCUUGUUCCGUGGCCAGGUAAAUUACCGGUGA